UUUUUAAUUAAAAUUCAAUAUUUAAGUAAAACAUGUACAUCUUAAAAGUUGGAAUAGUUUUGUUACUGUCAUUAACAGUUCUUUGUGAAGAAUACGAAGAUGCUUUUGAAGAAUAUGCAGAUCAGUUUAAAAACAUUAUUGUACACGAAGACUAUGGUCUAGAUAUAUACAAUUUCUUGUACAAAUACAACUACCCGACGCAAACUCAUUGGGUCCAAACUGAAGAUGGUUAUGUUCUAAGGAUGCAACGUAUCUCCAGCAGACACGGUAAUUUUGCUGAUAGCAAAAACAAACCUGCUAUUUUGUUAAUGCAUGGAAUACUUAGUAGCGCCAUGGAUUUCGUUUUCAUGGGACCGAAUAAAUCACUUGGAUUGGUCCUAGCUGAUGCUGGAUUUGACGUGUGGUUGGGAAAUAAUCGGGGAAAUACCUGGUCCAGACAACACGUAACCCUAGAUCCAGAUAUUGACGCCAAAUUUUGGGAUUAUAGUUUCGAAACAUGUGGAUAUUACGAUCUACCAGCCAAAAUAGAUUACAUUAUCGAACAAACUGGUCAAGAAAAAAUUUUCUACGUUGGACACUCGCAAGGUACAACUCAAUUUUUCGCUAUGACCGCUUUAAGACCAGAAUACAACGACAAAAUAGCUUUGAUGUCUGCCUUAGCACCUGUAGCUUUCAUGAAACAUUUAUCUUCGCCUAUACCAAGAUUUAUGGGGAAGUAUAUGGAUAUCAUAAAGCUUGCCGCCGACUUGUUUCAUAUUCAUGAAUUUUUAGGGCAUUCUUGGCUCAUAUCAGAAAUAGCUAAACAAUUUUGCUCGGAUAAUUCAACGGUCCAAGAAAGUUGUGCAAUAUUUUUAUUUACACUUUGCGGUUACGAUUCACCACAACUUGACAGGUCGCUGAUACCAGUGCUAGCAUCAAAUGCACCAGCUGGAAUUUCAAUAAAAAUGUUACUUCAUUAUGGACAAGAAAUUCGAUCAGGUUAUUUUAGAAGAUUCGAUCAUGGUCUUUUGUUGAACCUCAAAUAUUACAAAUCCGUAACUCCUCCAGCAUUUCAACUAUCCGCAAUUACGGCACCAGUUGCUUUGUACUAUUCGCAGAAUGACUACUUUGCAGCUGUCCAGGACGUGGAAAGACUAGCAACUGAAUUACCGAACGUAGUAAAAAAACGACUCAUUGAAUACAAACUUUUCAAUCAUCUAGAUUUCAUUUUUGCAAAAAAUACCAAUGAAAUCAUCAAUAUGGAUUUAGUGGCACAUUUAAAAGAAUAUGUUAAAGGGCCUACUUCUGGUGGAAACAACAUUAUUAUUGAAAAGUAUAUUUUUAUUACAUUAAUCAUCACCAUCUGGACCAUAUAUUUCAAAUAAAUAAUUAAUUUUUAUAUUAUAGUAGAAUAAAA